AUGUACGGUGCAGCCCGACAGGGGCGUCUGGUUCUACGAACCCUACGAUCCAUUCCCUCCGCUUCCCUAUCCUCCCCUCUGGUCCGAACGUUGCCCUCGAAUACUCGAAUCGUUCCUACUCAAUCUAUCCGAGUCAGCCUUUUCUCAUCCACGUCCAAAUAUGGCCAACAACAUGCCGCCGCCGAAGACAUGGGGGCAGAAGACCUCUCCCAUGUGCACCGUGAAUUCAGCAAAUUUUCCGAGCUAGCCGACGCUGGAAUCCUCGAUCAGAGAAUCGUCAAUACGUUGUCCAACAGGAUGGGCAUACAAACCAUGACAGAAGUCCAGCGCAUGACCAUCAAUGAAUGCUUGGACGGCUCAGAUGUGGUUGCGCAGGCCAGGACCGGCACUGGCAAGACUCUAGCCUUUUUGACACCGAUCGUCCAGAGAUUACUCAGAGAGCCUAAUUUCAACACCCGCAGGGCUUCCAUAGGCGAUACGAGAGCACUCAUCAUCUCCCCAACACGUGAACUGGCCGAACAGAUUGCCGAUGAGGCGAGAAAGAUUGUUUCCGGAACCGGGGUCCAAGUACAGACAGCUGUAGGCGGCACUCAAAAGAAAUACCACUUGAAGCUGAUGCAGCGAAUGGGCUGCCACAUCCUGGUUGGGACACCCGGCAGAGUCAAGGACCUCGUGUCCGACCCGGACAGUGGUGUGAGUCUCGACAACAUCCAAACCUUUGUUCUGGAUGAGGCCGAUCGACUGCUCGACAUCGGUUUCGCGCCAGACAUUGAGGAAAUCCAAAGCUAUAUGCCUCCACGAGAAAUGAAGGAUCGACAGACUCUCAUGUUCUCCGCCACCAUGCCCCGAACUGUUGUUGGGUUGGUCAAACAGACCAUGAAGCCGGACUUCAAGUUUGUUCGAACUAUCGACCCCAACGAGGCCGCCACCCACGAGUCAGUGCCGCAGAAGGUGGUCUACCUGCCUGGCAUGGAAAAUCAGCUGCCAGUCAUUGCCGAGAUCGCCUACAAGGCUGUUCAAGCCCACAAAGCGGACCCGACCAACAACCCACCUUUCAAAGCCAUUGUCUUCCUCUCCACCAUCAACGAAGUGAAAAUGGCACAUGAAGUGUUGAGAAACAUGCGCGAACCUGGUACCAAGGGCGGAUUGUUCGCACCUCAUCCCCUGGCGCCGUGCAAGAUCUACGAGAUGUCUUCCAGACUGACCCAAGCCGAGCGAACGAGGAAUUCACAGGCAUUCCGACACGCCGAAAGUGCCAUCCUGGUGUCCUCGGACGUAGCCGCUCGCGGCAUGGAUUUCCCGAACGUGACACAUGUCAUUCAGGUGGGCCCGCCCAAGAAACUGGAAGACUACAUCCAUCGAAUCGGCCGAACUGGGCGUGCUGGUAAGCCAGGAGAGGGCUGGCUCAUUCUCCAGGACGACGAACGGAACGAAUUCAGACAGCUGGUGCGCGACAUCCACGCCCACAACAUUUCGGAAGACACCACGCUGGAGACUGCCACGUUGGACAUGACCCAACCUACGCAGCUGUCCGCCGAAACGGGCAAGAUCAUGCAGAUGGUCGAGUCUGGGAUCAGGGCCGUCCCUAUGGGUGACAAGGCAAAGGCUUAUACCAGCAUUCUGGCCUCAUUGGUCCAGUCCAGCGUCAGGAGGCCGAAACAGGCCGUGGUCGACAUGGCGAACAAUCUUGCCAAAUUCGGAUACGGUCUGGAGCGUCCACCGCGUGUGUCGCCCACUCUGGCCUCCAAGCUCGGCUUCUCCGGCGUCCGAGGUCUUGAGUAUGGUGGCGGUGAUUUCGAAGGCUCGGGCUCGGGCUCGGGCUCGGGCUCCUCGGGCUUCCGCGGUGGUAACGACCGAUCAGGCUCCGGCUUCCGAGGCAACGGACGGAGAGAUUCGUUCGGAUCCAACCGCGGCUCGUUCGAUCGCGGUGGUCGCGGACAAUCUGAUCGAAGGCAAGACUUCGACCGCGAUUCCAGAUUCAACCGACGUGGGGACUCUGAUGCCCGUGGCGACCAAGGUUCUCGGUGGUAG